AUGGCGGCGAGGAACACCGAGAAGUUGAUAAAUUUUGAUUUGUAUUUUCGAAAGAACCCCUUUGGAGGGGAGCACACUGUUUUUUCUGGUUUGGAAGAAUGCAUGAUGUUCGUGGCUAAUUACAAGCUCAACGAGGAAGACAUUGAUUAUAUCAAAAAUAAUUUAUCUGUUUCAUGUGAGGAUGGCUUCCUUGACUAUCUUAGAAGAAUUGAUUGUUCUGAUGUUGAGGUGUAUGCUAUUCUCGAAGGAUCAGUUGUUUUUCCUAUGGUGCCCAUACUGAGAAUUGAAGGUCCAAUUGCCGUGAUUGUUCAAUUGCUGGAAACACCUUUUGUCAAUCUAAUUAAUUUUGCAUUAUUAGUUUCUACUAAUGAUGCAAGGCAUCAUUUUGUUGUUGGAAAAACAAAAACUCUACUUGAGUUUGGACUACGAAGGGCACAGGGGCCUGAUGGUGGAGUGGGUGCAUCAAAGUACAGUUACAUUGGGGCAUUUGAUGCAACAAGGGCAGAUUCUGCAGCUGUGACAAUCACCACGACAGAUCUUGUUAGCAAGAGUGUGGCAAUUGAGUCUCUGAUUUCUGGAACUAGAGCAUCUCCUCUUGUUUGA